AUGGAUCGAAAUUCUCCGGAAACCGGUCGGAGAUCGGAGAAUAACAUCGAUGGGGAUACCCCUCUACUCGCCGCGCAAGAACCCUUGACGGCUACGAGCCCUGUGCCAGAUGCACGGUCUGUGUUGAUUCGACUCUAUACGUCACAUGCACUUUCUGCAUGGAAUUCGCGCAUGUUCGAGUUUGGCGCGGUUCUGUUCCUGGCAUCCGUCUUCCCUGGAACUUUGCUCUACGCCUCCAUCUAUGCACUCGCGCGGGCGUUAUCCGCCAUUGUACUUUCGUCGUGGCUAGGUGCGAAGGUGGACCAGCUGAACCGACUUGUGGUAUUACGGCAUUCAAUUGUUUGGCAAAGAGUUCCCGUUGCGGCAUCUUGCUUGUGCUUUAUUGCUCUUCUCUCCAAUGAAAAUCAGGGCACCAGACUUGCCCUCUUUGUUGCUUCGGGACUUCUUGCUUGCCUCGAAAAACUGGCUUCUACCGCUAAUACAGUAGCGGUCGAACGAGAUUGGGCGAUUGUGAUAUCGGACAGCAUCGACGUGGAUAGACAAGAAUUGAAUGCAUCAAUGAGGCGCAUCGACCUUUUCUGCAAAUUGAUUGGCCCUGUCUUCAUUUCUCUUUUGGACAGCAUCUCCUCGAGCAUCGCAAUCUGGACUGUACUUGGGAUAAAUACCACAUCGGUUGUGAUUGAAUAUGUGGCUAUUGCCCAAGUUUAUCGAUCAGUCCCUGCGCUCAAGAGGGCUCCGAGAUCCAAUAUUGACCAAGAUGCUACAGAGGGGCAUGACGGUCAUGCUCGUGGCAUUGUCAACCACUUGCGUCAAGCGAUGGUCCCGUGGAAAGAGUAUGUGACAAGUAGGGUGUUCUUACCAUCCUUUGCGCUGAGCCUUCUCUACCUGACUGUCCUAUCUUUUGGGGGGACCAUGGUUACCUAUCUUCUUCACAGUGGUUUCAACUCGCUGGAGAUCAGUUGCAUGCGGAUUGGUUCCGUUGCAGCAGAAAUCUCAGGAACAUGGGCUGCCCCGUUCAUCAUGAAUCGUAUCGGACCUAUUCGAUCAGGGCUGUGGUUCCUGAAUUGGCAAUUCGGUUGUGUGGCGGGCGCCGCCGCCGGGUUUAUCUUCUGGGACUCCACAUCUCGAUUGGCUGCUGGGAUUUUGAUCGUGGGUGUGGCACUGAGUCGUGUUGGGCUUUGGGGCUUCGAUCUCUCCGCCCAAUUCCUGGUCCAAGAGAAUGUCAAGGAAGAAGCACGUGCUCGGUUCUCUGCGACAGAGAUGGCAUUGCAGAACUUCUUUGAGAUGGCAUCCUUUGCAUCGACCAUAGUAUGGGCCCAGCCAGAGAAGUUCUACUAUCCCGUGCUCAUCAGUGCCGGUGCGGUUGCAGUUGCAGCCAUUGGAUUCGCGACGUACGUGCGCAAAGAAAGAGGCCACUUGUUGCACCGAUCGAAGUGCUUGGGCGGAGAUAAAAUGGCAUACCAACCAGUCGAGGUAGACGUAGAGAGCUCCGACUCGAGCGUUUGA